AUGCUGCUGCCUGCUCUGAAAGCCCUUCACCCCACAGGGCCUGGCCUGGCAUUCAUCGCCUACCCUCGGGCUGUGGUCAUGCUGCCCUUCUCCCCGCUCUGGGCUUGCUUCUUCUUCCUGAUGGUUGUUUUGCUGGGACUGGACAGCCAGUUUGUCUGUGUGGAGAGCCUUGUCACCGCUCUUGUAGACAUGUACCCCACCAUCUUCCGCAAGAAGAACCGCCGGGAGACCCUCAUCCUGCUGGUCGCCAUCCUCUCCUAUCUGGUCGGGUUGGUGAUGCUCACAGAGGGUGGGAUGUACGUCUUCCAGCUCUUUGAUUACUAUGCUGCCAGCGGCAUGUGCCUGCUCUUUGUGGCCAUCUUCGAGACUCUCUGCAUCGCCUGGGUCUAUGGUGCUGAGCGUUUCUAUGAUAACAUUGAAGAUAUGAUCGGCUACCGGCCGUGGCCCAUCAUCAAAUACUGCUGGCUCUUCAUCACCCCGGCAGUUUGCAUGGCAACCUUCCUGUUUUCUCUGGUCAAAUACACCCCGCUGACCUACAACAAGAAGUACGUGUACCCGUGGUGGGGAGACACCCUGGGCUGGCUGCUGGCCCUCUCCUCCAUGGUGUGCAUCCCUCUCUGGGUCGUCUACAAACUCUCCACCAUCAAAGGUUCCCUCAGAGAGAGGUUCCGCCAACUCACCUGCCCACUUGAGGACUUGCCUUCCAGGCCGGGCAUGGAACGGUCCUUUCCCUCCACCAGAUCUGGCCUCCUGAUGCUGACAGAGCUCGAAUCUCGUUGCUAGGACUGGUGUGGGUCUCCACCUCUCCCCCCAGGAUGGUUUCUAUACAGCCUUUACCAACUGUUGGAUAGCGCAAGGAUUCUUCACUUGCCAAGGAGAUGGGGAUUUCUGGGCUGAGCUGCCUGUCCUGGAAGAUUUGAGGGGCUGAGGAAGAAGCUGCCGUGGAGAUGGUCUGUGAGGACUUACCAAUGCACCUUAAUCCUCUCUCUGGAGAGGGCUGUGAAGGGGCAGAUCAAGCACUGGUGUUCCUGAGCAUCCCCAGCCUUCUGGUGGGCAGAAAAGAAGGACUGAUCCUGGAGUGGAGAGUGUCAGGGUCUCAGUGUUGUGGCCCCCAGAGUGGACUUUGAGAGCUUCUCCAUUCAUUCAUUCAUUCCAUUAAAUCCUUGGUUUUCCCCUCUAGA